AAUACACUUUAUAUUGCAAUGUGAAUUACAUUCUGUUAUAAUGCGGCCUAUUGGCCUGCAGCUGGGUUCGUGUUAUUCAGCUGUGUUAGCUAUAAUGGACAAUUCAUGGAGCCUUAUUGUAUUUUUGUUGUUUGUAACAUACUACGAUGUUAACUCCAUGAUUAUAGGUGGUAAUGUUGGACACCAUCUCCGACGACAACAUACUCUUUCCUUCCGCCAUGGAUUCGUUAUGUCUAAUAUACAAUGUAGAAGUCCUAGCGUUAUCCAACGAAACACUAAUACUGCUGAUAUUACAUCUACGUUUUACCACCGGAAUUUCAAAGUAGCUGGUGAUUCAAUUGAGAUGGGACCAUUGCGGUGUGAUGUUUAUGGUACAGUACAGGACGUAUUAACUAAGAAUGAACUUCCCACAUCUGAGACCAGCAUUGUUAAUCGACGUUUGCAAGCAUCGCGUCUGUGGGAAAAGUACAAGCAUCGUUUUCCAUCUUUGGAAACUGAAUCCGAGUUUUAUGAACGCAUACGUUCUAUGCCAAUCGUUACGAUCAAGGUGAACGGAUAUGUCAUAGAUGUUCAUCAGGGUGGUUUGGGUCUUCCGUGGUUCAUCGAUGCAUCUAAUCGGUUGAAACUGUUAAAUUGUUUGGAAGAGGAUGCUAUGGCGCAUAAUGAUUUAAAGGUUCCAGUAUCUGCAAAUCAAAUACCAUUUUUUGAGAGUGGCAGCCAUUGGCUCCCUCUGCCUGGUAUUCCUGCAUCAUAUUUACCUAAUAUACGUCUUAUUGAACAUCGCACUGAUGUGGAAGGCUACGAAUAUGUGACUGUACUACAAGAUAUUGAUCGUAAUUACACAUGGACAUACGAGAAGUCUACGCAGAAUAGGGUGAACAUGUUUAACAAGCAUGGACCAUUGGAUCUCUAUGAGCUAACGCCAUCUGGAAUCCAACCAAUUAAGGUAGAAGACGAUACGAAAUACACGCCAUAUAUACCGGUGGAUUACUUCAACGUACCGGAGGAUGUUACACGUUUUUUUCCCAGAAAACCUCGUGACACUGGUAUCUUCCGGUUACCUAAAUUGGAUGAUGUGUUGAAUAUUAAAAUGCGUAACAUGCAUCGGGAUCAAGUUUUAUUAUCCUGUGCUUCACCAGCACCAUUCGGUUAUGUGCAGCGAUGCCAGAACUUUUGGAAGACGGUUUCUACAAAGCAUAAUGCAUCCGGGGCAGUUGUGAGUUAUCGCCAACUUGGUUGCAGCGAUUUGAAUGUCUCCGAUAUUUGUUUGGGCACUAUGGCCUUUGGCGGUUCAGUGGACGAAGCUACUUCUAAUGAUUUGCUAGAUUAUGCGAUCAACGAUAUGGGCAUAAAUUUUGUGGACACAUCGGAAUUGUAUCCAUUACCAACAUCGUCUGAUACAUAUGGUAAAUGUGAAUCUAUCAUUGGUAGAUGGAUCAAACGAAGAGGCCCCGGUGCACGAUCAAAGGUUGUUAUCGCCACGAAGGUUGCUAGCAGGAGUUCACAGUUAUCGUGGUUAAGAUCAGGCGACUGCAACCUAUCGAAGGAGAAUAUAUUGAAGGCUGUUGACGGGUCUUUGUCUCGUUUGAAUACAGACUACAUUGAUUUAUUGCAAUUACAUUGGCCUGACCGUUACGUCCCAAUGAAUGCUAACGGUGACUUUCACGAAGUCUUUCAUGAUACCGAGAACAUGAUCGAUGAGAAUAGCGUCCCUCUAGAAGAUCAGCUAGACGCAAUUCAGACGUUAAUAACCCAGGGAAAGAUUCGACAUUGGGGUUUGUCCAAUGAAACUCCCUGGGGAACGUUGCGUUUCUAUAAGCUGGCAAAACAAGCUGGCAUAGCUGCUCCAGCAUCUGUGCAAUUGAAUUACAAUUUACUCUGCCGAAAUGAAGUGGAAAAGGGAUUUGUCGAAUUAUGUCGUCCUCAAAAUACAGGCAUCGCAAUUCUAGCUUACGGCGCCCUUGCUGGUGGUAUAUUGACUGGGAAAUAUUUGGAAUAUAUGGAUCCGACGACUUCAGGUCGCUUGCUAAGGUUCCCAUCAUAUAUGUCACGAUACAGGGGUUCAUUGGCUGCACGUGCAGUGAAGGACUAUUACAACAUUGCAAUGUCGUACAAGUACCCUAAUUUAUGUGCUCUUGCCUUACGCUGGGUGCUUACGAGACCAUUCAUCUGUAGCACGAUAAUUGGCGCGAACGACUUUUACCAAUUACGUGAAAACAUCCACUGCUCAAUGACUUCUUUGGGGAUAACUGACCUACUAGAGCGAGAGAUUAACCAGCUGCAUUGGAAAUGGCGUGAUCCAAUUCGCAUUUGUCAGUAGUAUCUUUUUGUAUUUUCAAAUUCUCUUUUUGUGACAAAGCAUUUGGAACAGGAAGUGUACUAUUAUCGUUCUAUUAGUUGAGUUUUGAGUCAUAUUAACGUUCGUUUUAAUUCG